UAGGCCAUUGUGUCUUUUACAUGUUCAAUGAAAUUUCAGAUUUCAGUUACCUGUCUAAACUGAUGAAACGGAGAUCAUUCUCUAUGGUAGUUAACGCAUACCCCUGUGUGGACUCAUUCUUUGUUCUGAGCGGGUUCAUAGUGACCUAUGUGUUGUUGAGGAAGUUGAGAACCCACGGUAUCUUUACUCCAGUACAGUGGGUAGUAUUCUAUCUGCACAGGUACAUUCGACUUACUGCUCCUUAUCUAGUGAUGCUCCUUGUGGACGGUUUCUUAUAUCGUCAAAUGGUGGAAGGAACACUCCAGCUGGAUAUCAAUCGAGCGUCAAGUCAUGAAAUGUGUAAGGAAUACUGGUACACAUACAUCCUGUAUGUAAACAACAUUGUUCCCUGGACCCCAAAACACAACACCUCUUGUUUUGGUGGAAGUUGGUUUAUUGCAAAUUACUUCCAGUUCUUUAUCGUGACCCCCAUCUUCGUGGUGCUUCUGAACAAGAAACCAAUGCUGGGUGUAAUGGUUACAAUUGGGGCUGUUACAUCGUCCUGUGUGCUGGCAGCUUCCCUUACAGCUUACCUUAAUCUGGGUCCAACAAUGUUACUGGGAAACGCAGGGAACUACUUACUGCUGUAUAGAGUUCCGUGGAUCAGGGUGACAGCCUUUCUGAUCGGUGUGUUGGGAGGUUGGUUUUAUUGGGUCUUUGGAGAUACCAUGACAGACAAGAUGAGGACACUGAAUGCUUGGAAGAAGUUUGUGUGCGCGGCUCCCAUAUGGGUAGGUACAGUAGCAACACAGUAUGCGGUAGUGUUCGGACUCUACCAAGAUAUGCUGAACGCUAUAGAGAAGGGAAUCAACCCCGACCCUUCAGAGAGGAUUGUGAGCGAAGUGGAUAGUGUCUCUUAUCAACUACUGUCGAGAGUGACCUGGUCUCUUGCCUUGACAGCACAAAUAUACCUUUGUCAGUGCGGACUAGGUGGUGUCAUUAACUCGUUUCUCAGUUGGAGCGGGUGGAAUGUCAUGUCCAAACUCACUUACUCGGUUUACAUGGUUCAUGUAGGUUUCCUUGGAGUGUUGAUGUCCCAGCUGAAACAUCCGUUUUAUAUUGGACCUGAUUUCGAGUUUGUAGUGUUUUAUUUUGGUGUUACUGCUGUGUCCUAUUUGGGUGCAACUGUGCUAUAUGUUUGUGUUGAACAGCCGGUUGCUUUUCUGGAGGGUUUGAUUUUCAAGAGGCGUUCAUGAGAUAAUAAAAACAAUGAUAUACUAGAUCUUUUUCUUAUUGGUGGAGUUGUGCCUUAAUGAAGGUGUAAUAUAUAGUAGUGCAUGCAACUGAAUUCAUUUUUCA